AUGCGCAACCUACGAUGGGUGCCUCUGGAGCCCAGAUUCCUGGACUAUCCCAACGCGCAGUUUCUCAUGAUCGGAGAAGCGCAGGGGAAGGGAGGCCUGACGGAGGAGGAUCAGUCACGUGAGAAGGAGCUGGCUGGAGAAGAACUGGAGCUUCUCGAGCAUGAGAAUGAACUGCGGGCCUCCCCGCUCCGAGACGACCAUAUCAUUUUCCAGGAUUUGGGCCUCAGCUCGAAGGAGUUCUCGUCAAUGCCGACGACUUGGGGGUAG